CAGGCCACGAAACCCUAAAACCGAGCACGCGACCCUGUUUCUGGUUCCCACGUUUUGCUGUCGCUGGCGCGCUGAUCAGCCUUUGAAGCGACGCCAUCCUACCGAGGCCCAGCCUGUUCGCUUAAGAUAAGGGUUUGAGUAGGUACUUUUAGCUUUAACCAAGGUACCGUAAAUCAAGGCAGCGUAAGUCACGCUGGUGGAGAUUCAGUGAUGGCGGGCGGCGGCGCGAGGACGCAGAAGAACAAGGCGCACAAGUCGCGGUUCGGCGCCAAGAGCCAGCGUGCCCUGCACAAGGUCGCUAAGGCGUCGGACGGCGGAGCAGCAGGGCCAGCGCGCGGGGGGGCGAAGGGCAAGGGGAAGGGGCAUGGUGCCGUUGCUAAGGCGGAGAGGCUCAACCGAAACAAGCUGCUGCGAGACAAGAAGCGCGCCGAUGUGCUGGCCGCCAAGAGAGCGCUCUCUGGUGCCACCACGCCUCCCCGGCUCGUGCUUCUGAUUGGUCUAUCUCGCCAAGUGGAUGUGGCUCACCUGGCUGAUACGUUUGUUGAGGCAUCUGCUGCCUCAGGUGCCUCUCAGUCUUCAGCCCCCCCAGCAGCAACAGCAGCAGCAGGGCAGGGGAUGGACCUGGAAGGGGGAGGGCCGGGAGCAGCAGGGGCGGAGGGGAUCAGGGGGAGCGCACAGGGCCUGGGGGGAGUGCGUCUGGUGGCUCUUCCGAAGAUCAAGGCGCGCUUUGCUGUCGUACCCUGCCCCCCUGGUGACCUCCUUCGCUGUCUUGAGCUUAUGAAGGUUGCUGACGUGGUAGUCUUUGCUUCUACCAUCACCCCUCUCGACCCCCUCCCCCCCUCCACCCCAUCUGCCCUCUCCACCUCCUCUCUCCACACUCACACCACCUCACACUCCCACACUCACUCCCUCCGCACCACCACCACCUCCAAAACCUCCUCCUCCUCCUCCCCCUCCGCUGCUGCAUACAUUGACGACUGGGGCCGAUCUGCCCUCUCUGUGGCUCGAGCCCAAGGGUUGCCUCUCCAGGUCGCUCUUGCCACUACCCUCUCCUCGCCUGCCUUUGCCUCCUCCCUCUCCUCGACCCCCUUUGCGACUUCGUCCCUCUCCUCCUCCGCCCCUGCUCACGAGGGGAAGAGGCAUGGGGAGCAGAGGAAGGGGGCUCUGGCGGUGCUGGGAGGGGAGUUUCCCAAGGGCACGUGCCAGGUGUUCACAGUGGAAUCAGCUGCUGAGAUGGCGCCGGUGGUUCGCCACAUUGCUGAGCAUCGCCCCGUCCCUCCCGGGUGGAGGACGCACCGGCCUUACCUUGUGGCGCAUGACUUUGACUUUAUCCCCGGUGCAACCGACGUCUGCGCAGCAGCGGUCACUAAGACCGCGCCAUGUGGCACGCUGCGAGUGGUGGGAUACGUGCGGGGCCAUGGCAUCAACGUGAAUCAGCUGGUGCAUAUCACAGGAGUGGGGGAUUUCCAGCUUGCUCAAAUCGACCAAGUCCUAGACCCCUGUGGUGCUGGAGAGCAACGGAAGGGUGGGGGGAGCAGGGGGAAGGAUAGGAGGAAAGGCGGGGAGAAGACUCACGAGGGGAUGGAGGUGGAGGAGGAGGGGGAGGAGGAGGGGGAGGUGGAGGAGGGGGAGGAGGGAGAGGAAGGGGGAGUGAGGGUGCUGGCUCGGUCGAGUGCUGAGUUGAGGGACCCUUUGGUUGUGCUCAACACACCUGAUCCGCUGGCGGGUGAACAGACGUGGCCCACAGAGGAGGAGAUGGCAGCAGCAGAGGCGGAGGAGAGAAAGAGGGCUGAGAGCAAAGCCCUGGGAGGGGGAGGAGGAAAAGAGGGGAAGGGCGGGGCGAGGCGCAUUCGGGUGCCCAAGGGUACUUCAAGUUACCAGGCUGCAUGGCUCCAAGCUGGACAAGAGGAGAGCGAGGGGGAAGAGGAGGAUGGGGAGGAGGAGGAAGAGGAGGGAGAUGAGGCGAUGGAGGAGGGAGAGGAGAGAGAGGAGGGGAAGAAUGCAGGGAAGGAGGAGGAGGAAGAGGAGGAGGAGGAGGGGUCGGGGAGUGAUUGGGAGGACGUGGAUGAGGACGAGGGUGUGGGAGGGGAGAGGCUGGGGGGAGGAAGCUCCCACGACGGGCUCAUGGAUGAGGAUGACGCAGAGGCGGAGGCGGAGAGGAGGGCGCGAGCGCAGUGGGAGGAGAUGAAGAGGCUGAGAGCGCAGCAGCAGGAGGAUCAAGAGUUCCCUGAUGAGGUCGACACCCCUGACGACAUCCCCGCCAGGCAGCGCUUUGCCAAAUACCGCGGACUCAAGUCCUUCCGCUCAUCCCCGUGGGACCCCAAGGAGUCGCUCCCCUCUGAGUAUGCGCGUAUCUUUUCUUUUGACAACUGGAAGCGAACACAAAAGGCCGCGGAGGAGCGGGCGGCAGCAGUGGACCGGGGCGAGGUGCCUGGGUCGGUUGGGGCAGGGACGUUUGUUAGGUUGCACAUUAUGAACGUGCCGUGCCUUGAAGCAGAGCGCCUCAAGCACGAGACGGCCAAUCGCGGGCUGCCACUUGUCGUCACGGGGUUGCUCCAGCACGAGACGCGCAUGAGCGUGCUGCACUUUUCUGUCAGGAAGGCUGACUCGUUCGCCGCACCAAUCAAAUCAAAGCAACGCCUGCUGUUUCACGUGGGCUUCAGGCGCUUCUAUACCCGACCCACCUUUUCAACUGACGACAUCAACCUAGACAAGCACAAAUUCGAGCGCUUUCUGCACCCGGGAAGGUUCGCGGUGGCUUCCAUAUUCGCCCCGACGCUCUUCCCGCCCCUCCCCCUCUUGGUUUUCGCCGACCCGUCUGCUGCGUCCAAUCAGCAUGCAGAAGAGGGUCUGGCAGCGACGGGGGCUUUAAGAGGGCCGGACCCCGAUCGGAUCAUUCUGAAGAAGAUUGUUUUGUCCGGCUACCCCGUGUCAGUGAUGAAGCGCAAGGCAGUGGUGCGCUACAUGUUCCACCAGCCAGAGGACGGCAGGUGGUUCCAGCCUGUGGAGCUCUUUACCAAGUAUGGCCGGAGGGGCCGCAUUCGAGAGCCAGUGGGCACCAAGGGUGCCAUCAAGUGUGUGUUUGACGGGGUGGUGCAGCAGCGCGACGCCGUCUGCAUGGCUCUCUACAAGCGGGUCUACCCCAAGUUUCCCGUGCUGCCAACGUCUUAAGUGGGGUGGCUGAGGCUCCCAGGGGCCUUCCUCCUCACUCAUUGGAGAAGAUGGAAAGAGCAGCAGUGCAGCUCUGUCUGCAUGGCUCUCUACAAGCCAGUCUACCCCAAGCUGUUGUCUCUUUUUCGGCCAGGCCCGACUCUUCUGCUUUCAUUGUGCCAUAUGCUCUUCUGUUCAAGAGCAAUCAAGGGUGUGUUUGAUUGGGUGGAGUGGUGCAAGAGUGCAACGCGAUUUGCAUGGCCCUCUACAAGCGAGUCUACCCCAUGUUCCCAGUGUUGCAGCGUGUAGCGGGCAGGGGUAGGGCCAUGAUAACAGAUGCACAGUUGGCGCAAUCGCUAUCGUAGCUGGGCGAGUUAAUAAUUCUAACUCUUGGCCAACCGCUGAGCAUCCCAACAGGGUCAAUCACUACAGCAUCCCAACAGGGUCAUUCACUACAGCAUCCCAACAGGGUCAAUCACUACAGCAUCCCAACAGGGUCAAUCACUACAGCAUCCCAACAGGGUCAUUCAUCUACCUGGAAAGCGAGAUGAACCAGGAAGGUAGGUAGGCUUGGAUACCAGGUGUUAUCUGUUGUGAUAUAAUUGGUACUUAGCAUUUCUGUAAGUCGAUUAAGUGUAGUUAGUGUCGAAUCUUACUGUAGAACAUAAUGUUAACGUAGAAACGAAUGAUUUACUAGAGGUGGAAAC